AUGCGUAGGAACGAUCCCUUCUGGCUGUCAACGAUUAUAAUUCUUCUCACAUUUCUCUCAUGCAUUGUCAACCAUCACAUGGAGCUAAGACAAAGAAUGGUGGGAGCUCAAAUGCGCAUAGCUUGUUCUGCAGCAAUUUGUCGUAAGACAUUAAGAAUGUCAAAACGAGCUUCGUCACAAACUUCCGCUGGUUAUAUUGUAAACCUUUUGUCAAAUGAUGUUGGUAGAUUAGAUUAUGGAUUCGUUUUUGUUCAUUUUAUUUGGAUAUUGCCGUUCCAAGGUAGAUUCUUGUCUUACAGAAUAUCAAUUACAUUUUUAAUUGAUUUUACAUUUAUAGCUGCUCUGAUUUGCUAUUUAAUAUGGCGCAAAGUCAAAUAUGCUGCUAUUGUAGGCGUUGUUGGACUUUUGUUGCAAACAGUUCCAAUACAAACGGGAUUAUCAAAAGUGUCAUCAAUAUUAAGAAUGAGAAUUGCAAAGCGAACUGAUCACCGCGUGUCAAUAAUGAAUGAGUUGAUACAAGGAAUUCAAGUUAUUAAAAUGUACGCUUGGGAGACGCCAUUCUUUAAUGUUGUUAAGCUUGCACGUAAAAAGGAGAUUGAUCAGAUUCAAUGGGCUUCUUACAUUCGAGGAAUUUAUUUGUCAAUUCAUUAUUUAUGGCGAUUUACACUUUUCAUUGCCAUCAUCGCUUGCAUUUUCCAGGAAUAUCUUGUAACAGCUGAUUUAGUCUUUUCAAUGGCAACAUUUUUCAAUGUUCUUCAAUUAACUGCAGCAAUUUAUUAUCCCUUGGCAGUUUCUUUAGGUGCUGAAGCUUUGGUUUCAAUUCAACGAAUACAAGAAUUUUUAAUGCUUGAAGAGAAAGAUCCAUCAACGCCCGGCAUGCAUCAGAGUGAAAUGGAAAUUAUGGAGCCUGAAACAAAUGUAAUUGAAGUGAUUGACGUGGAUGCAUCAUGGACAAGCGAAUAUAAAAGCAAAACAUUAUCUGAUUUAAACAUAAAGAUUCGAAAUGGGCAACUUUGUGCUAUUGUGGGAUCAGUUGGUAGUGGAAAAAGUUCGAUUCUUCAACUUUUACUUGGGGAAUUGUCAAUUAACACUGGAAAUGUUUUUAUAAAAGGUGAUAUUUCUUAUGCUUCGCAGGAUUCGUGGCUGUUCUCAGACACAGUUCGAAAUAACAUUUUGUUCGGUUUACCAUACGAUAAGACUCGAUAUCAAGAGACUAUAAAGCAUUGUGCAUUAAUAACAGACUUACAACAAUUACCACAUGGUGAUAAAACUUUUGUCGGAGAACGUGGCAGUGCAUUGUCAGGCGGGCAAAGAGCUCGAGUUUGUCUUGCACGUGCAGUUUAUAAAAAUUCUUCAAUUUACCUUCUCGACGAUCCACUAAGUGCAGUAGAUUCUCAUGUUGGAAAGCAUUUAUUUGAUGAAUGUAUUGGACCCAACGGUUAUCUUGCAAAGCAACAAGCGACUCGUAUUUUAGUGACACAUCAAGUUCAUCUUCUUCAAGGAUCCGAUUGGAUUGUCGUGAUGGAACAAGGAAGUAUUUUAAGACAAGGCACAUACAACGAUGUAAUGGAUGUAAACUUAAUUCAAUUCACAUCUCCUAGUCAAAGUGAUGAUGACUUGAAUGACGAUGAUUUACAAAAAAACGUUGGAGAUGAAGAAGAAAAUAUUGCAAAACUUGAACCGAAAAAGUCAUUUUCACGCAUCUCAACUACCAGCAGCAUUACAGACAUCAGUGAUAUUAAUGAAGAAAAUGAAUUCAUAAAUGAAGAGAUGAAUCAAAUGAAUAUUCCCUUCUACAAAGUAUUUUGGUUGUACUUCAGAGCUGGUGCAAAUGUUCCGUUUCUUUUAGGAAUUUUGUUGUUUUUGAUUUUUUCACAAUUCGUCACGUCUGCUUCUGAUUAUUUUAUAACAUAUUGGACAAGUCAUGAAUCUCUCUGUACAACGAACGAAGGGUUGUACAUUUAUGGAAUUUUAAUUCUUGCUGUCGUUAUUGUGACGCUUUCACGUGGAUUUAUUUUCUUUGCUGUUUGUAUGCGAGCAUCAAAGAAGCUUCACGAUAAAAGUUUUUCAAAACUCUUACACAGCCCCAUGACAUUUUUUGACACAAAUCCAUCUGGAAGGAUUUUAAAUAGAUUCUCUAAAGACAUGGGUGCAGUUGACGAACUUUUACCAAAAGCAAUCGUUGAGGCAACUCAGAAUUUAUUGGUGAUGUUGGGAAUAUUGAUUCUCAUUGCUAUUACAACAUCAGGUCAAUGGUUUCUAAUAGCAUUAGGAGGUGCAAUCAUUUUUUAUGGAUUGAUUCUCAAACUUUACUUACGAACUGCUCAAGAUUUGAAGAGAUUGGAAGGAAGCAGUAAGUUGAUAAGAAUUUCUAUUGGCAUUAAAUCAUUUAAAUUAUUACCUGCUACAGCUAAAACGCCAGUAUUUAGUCACAUAACGUCAACAUUAAAAGGAAUUUCAACUGUACGAGCUUUCAAAGCUGGUCAAAGACUGACAAUUGAAUUUGAUGAUCUCCAAGAUGUUCAUUCGGGUGUUUGGCAGAUAUUGAUGAGUGUCAAUGCAGCAUUUGGGCUUUGGUUGGAUAUCGUUUCAUGUGGUUUCGUUGCUUGUAUCUGCUUCAGUUUCAUUGGAUUGAAUGAAAAAACAGCAACAAGUUCUUCAAAUGUUGGUUUAGCGAUAUCACAAGCACUUAUACUCACAGGAAUGGUCCAAUAUGGAUUGAGACAAGCGAUGGAAUCAUUUCAACUAUUCUCCGACACAGAACGUGUCUUGCAAUACACGAAAUUAGAAGAAGAACCAAAUAUUUUAAGAAAACCUCCAAGAGAAUGGCCGAUGAAUGGUUUAAUUGAAUUCAAGAACGUUUCGCUUUACUACGACAACAAAAUGUCACCUGCUUUGAAAAACUUAAACAUGACCAUCAGGCCUGGAAUGAAAAUUGGCAUCGUUGGAAGAACAGGAGCUGGGAAAAGUUCAAUAAUCAAUGCAUUGUUCCGUUUGUCUUAUAUCGAUGGAACAAUUUCGAUUGAUAACAUCGACACAAGCGAAAUAAAUUUAGAGAGUUUAAGAUCGAAAAUCUCAAUAAUUCCACAAGAUCCCGUGUUGUUUACUGCAACGAUUCGUUAUAAUUUAGAUCCGUUUAAUGUCUUUCAAGACGAUCAGAUUUGGAAGGCGUUGGAGGUGGUUGAGAUGAAAACUGUUAUUAAUGGUCUUCAAAACAUGGUGACUGAAGGUGGGAAUAAUUUCAGUGUCGGUCAACGGCAACUAAUAUGCUUAGCUCGAAGUUGCCUUAGAAAAAAUAAAAUUCUGCUGCUUGAUGAGGCGACAGCAAACAUUGAUCAAGUUACAGACGCUUUGAUACAGAAAACCAUUCGAGAAAAUUUCUCAGAUUGCACAGUUUUAACGAUCGCUCAUCGUUUACAUACCAUUAUGGAUUCUGAUAUGGUUCUGGUGAUGGAUAAUGGAUAUGCAAAGGAAUAUGGCGUUCCAUAUAAACUGCUCCAACAACCUUCAGGAUACUUUCGAAGUUUAAUUAAUAAUUUCGAUCCAAUGGAAAGAUCCAAUUUGAUAGAAGUUGCGAAACUAAAAUAUGACGAAAUUUUAAAACAAAAAUCUCAUUCUGAGAAUAUUUGGAAGUCAAAGAAUGGAACAAAAAAGAAUUUCGAACUAAGGGUUGGAAUUGAGAUUUAA